AACAUUUUUUUUAAUGUCAACGUGGAAAUAAAAUUACAUUUCAAAAAAACCUGAAUUCGUAAACGUAGUAAAACAGCAAUGAAGAGAUUUGUUUUUAAGUAUUUUAUGCAGGCACACAUAAGGGCCACCAUUAUAGGCAAAAUGGGGCGGAGAUUUAAGACCCCUUGACGCCUCCGGUGUUUUUAGUCAACUGCAGUUAUAAAAUCAGCAGCUGGACAUAGGAGGUGGCCAGGUGCGACUGAAAUCACCGGUGAAACGAGUUUAUAACGAGAACUGAUACUGGAGAACAUGGACAGGACCGUCAGCCUCCCCAACCAGCCCGACAAAACCACCACAGUGACUCUGGUUGAGAGCAGCAGCACCCCCGGUGGGCUGGAACUGGUCAGUUCAUACCAGACCAACAGAGUAGGAGACCCCUCAGACCUGGUGGCCCUGGCAGCUCAAGUACAGAAGGGAGAUGAUUUCAUAAAAGCCAAUGCUUGCAACAGGCUGACAGUCAUUGCUGACCAGAUCAGAUACCUACAGGAGCAGGCGAGAAAGGUUUUAGAAGAGGCCAAAAGAGAUGCUGACCUCCACCAUGCUGCCUGUAACAUUGUGAAAAAACCAGGCAACAUGUAUUAUCUCUACGAACGGCCAUCUGGACAGAAAUACUUCUCCAUCAUUUCUCCUAAGGAAUGGGGCCCAAGUUGCCCUCACCAGUUUGUCGGUGCGUUCAAACUUCAGCAUGACAUGUCCUGGACCCCCAUAGACGAGGUGCAGAAGCGGGAUGCGGAGAUCGCCAUCAUGGACAAACUUCUCAGCCAGCAGACCGCCUUACCACCUUACACAGAGCCCAACUUCAAGGGCCUCUCUGAUUAAAGGGCUGAACUGGAACAAAGGACUGGGAUUUUAUAAAGGACACAUGGUGAAAGCUAACUGUAGUUUUAAUGGAUAUCAGUAUGAACUGGCAAAAAUCCACACAUGGGUAGGAGUUGCUGAUAUGAAAGCAUCUGUCACACAGUGUUUUGAUGACUUUCAUACACUGCCUUAACUGCAUAAUGCAUUACUAUUAGUUUUUGUUUGUAGUCAUCAUCUUUGCAACCUCGCCAUCAUCAAAACAGCAAAUGAGGGAAUGUUUCUCCAAAACUGAAAAUAUCAAUUUAGCCUGUUCUGGCAAGCAUGUGCAUAGACACGUUUUGCUUCAUAGGCUUUAUAAAAAGCGUUUCACUUCAGAUUUAGUUGAUCACACCAACAACCAUCACGCAAAUUCAUUUUAAAUGUGCAGUUUUCUUGCAUUGUAAACAAACAAAAGUUACGUUCACAUUCAGUGGUACUCCUCGUGAUCUAACAGAUGUGAAGAAUGCUUUUCCGUCCUCAGAAAACAUCUGGCUGGUAUUCCAGAAAGCAGGUUUAGUUAAAACUCUGAGUUUGUUAAUCCUCAGAUGAGGGAGACUCUGGAUUUUUUAGUUCCAGAAAGAGGGGUAACUUAAACUCGGGUCAGUUACCAUGGUAACUUACUCUGUGAAGCUAACCUGCUCGCUGGCCGAUUUCUUCAACAAACCCUGGGUUUCUGUCUGUCUCCUGCCUCUUACAGAGCCAGACACACUGUUUCAUUUCCUCAUUUAGUCAAAGUGCAUAUUGAAGUAGCAGAGGUUUACUGUCUGUCAGAAUCAAAAUCCAGGUUGGAUAUUAGAUUGUUUCUCAAGGACUUUCUAAAGUCAUGACACAGCGUGUUAAUUCAGCUUCAGCUGAGAAUAAAACCUCUGCACGUCCUUUUUACAUGUGAAAGUUGUUUUUUUUUUUUUAUAACACUGUGACUGUGUGUACGCAAGACAGCUGUCAGUUUGUUAGAGCAGUUUCUGCAUUGAAAUGCAUAGAACACAUUAUAUUACAUAUAAUGUGUUCUAUAUUUUAAUAUUAUGUGUAACCUCAGUUUAAAUUUUACAAAAUCAGUAUGAAGCUUUAGACAAGUAGGUAGGAUCACUGAAUGCUGUUAAAGCUUGGCAGCGAUGUCUCUGUCUUUGAUUUAUAUAUAUUUUUUUUAAAUCUUUAACUACAUUUUUCAUCUGAAGUUUCCUCCUGUGUUUGUUCCCUGUCAGGUCAAAGCUGAAGACAUAUAUUUCAAAUGUAAUGUAGGCUACAGCCUGAUACAGUCAGAUACCACUUAUCAUUGUUAAGAAAAUGAAAGUCUGGUAAAUGAUGAAUUUAUGGACAACACUGAAUAAAACUUUGUGUUAACUUAUUGACACUUUUCCCACUCUGA